CUUGCCGACUUCACGUCGUGUAGUUUCGUCAUGCUCCUUACAACAUCUAGUUUCCUCGACCAAGUAAGCAUGUUGCCGUAGAGCUAGAUGAUGAACCUGUCGGGACGGAUAGAUUUACACCAUCCAUUCUCUGCCACGCGUUUUUACCAAGAGGCGUUACACCAAAACCAUGAAGCACUGCAGGUUAUGACAUUGCCGUGUUUUAUAAAUCGGAAUCCAUCGAACCCGCCAUUCGACCUUUGAAUUCGGGUAUUCUCUCUUGACCACGCCGGUAGUCUCGCCCGUUCCCCGUUCUCCUGCUAGCCGGUUCGAUUCCACACGACUAUGUCGGCGAAGAAACCUCUACCCUCACCCUUGCCUCAUUCGAACGGUCUGUCUCCCAGUGUUAGGUCUCGUCGUCCUUCCGCAGCGUCUUCGAUAGCCGCUAUACCACAAGUCGACAAAGAACACCUUGCUCAGGCACUCGACAAGAUCCAUACCUCAUCCAAAGAGGAAGGCGUGCUUACUACCUUCAACGAUCUAGCUCCGCCCGAGUCCAUCGAUGAUGUUGAGAAUAAGGGCUUCACGGGGGACUUAGUUCAAAAUGGCUUCAGUGGACUGUACUCAAGAUUCAAGGAGGCUGUGGGGGUAAGUGGUAAAGACAAGGACAAGCCCGUGGUCGCAGUGUCAGGGGAAACCCCUGAGCUCGUCUCUGCAAAUGCCGCCUCUAGAAGGAAUCAGGGUACAGGAUCAGGGUCGGGGUCGUCGAAGAACGGUGCGCCUUCGUUACCACGGGCGGACACCGGAGUGACUGAUACUACUUUCCACUCGUCUGCAUCAGAGCCUUUAGACUCCACUGCUACAUCGUCCGGCAUUUUGGCCAGCGACAAUCCAACACAACAGCGUCAAUCUAUUCAGGCGUCGUCGAUUGCCAAUCUCCCGGCCUCAACAUCCUCGAAAUCUGCCUCGUCUAGUCGCCAGAGUCUCCCGCAUAUGAUUAAAUCCACGUUACCUGUCCCGACCACGAACGUUAGUAACGUUAGUGCUUUCCGAGAUGUGUCGCGUCCGACCUCCUCUCGUACGGAGGAAGAUUCUAAUCGGAGCAGUCGCAUAAUAACUGUCACUAAACCCAAUGAAGGGCAAUCGGCCACAUCCCCUGUGUAUGCCGAUUCUAUGGGUCUACCACAACUAGACAAGACAUCAGUUUCUAGUCGUUCUCGUCGCGAUGAUGCGUACAGCAUGGAUGGUAGUCUAGACUUACCAACGAGCCCUGUCAAACCUCUGAGACCCGCAUCGAAAGCUUCUCUCCCAACAACCCCAUCUGAACCGAAUUUGCUCAGCACGCAGGCUAGACCAACCGCUAGACCUAUAACACGACGACCGGCAGUGAUUGACCGCAUCAACCAAUCCCAGGGCUCAGGGAGCCAAUCAAGAUCAUCAUCUUACUCAAGAGGAACAGCGGAAGCCAGCCCUGUGAAUACGUCUGCGCAUAAUAGCGUUCAUCACGAAUCAUUUAGCCAUGCAAAUCGACAUGAGCGAAUGAGAUCGGGGGAUUAUAGGAUUCCGGGUACAACUGUCGACGAAGGGGCACCUGAAAUUGUGAGCGCAAAGCUUGAGUCGAUGCGUAAACAAGUGCUAAGUAAGCAGUUUUGGAUGGCUGAUGAGACUUGCAAAGAAUGCUUUUUAUGCGGUUCUCCAUUUACAGCUUUUCGCCGUAAACAUCAUUGUAGGACGUGUGGUUGCAUUUUUGACAGCAGCUGUACCUCUACUAUAUCGGGUCAACGGUUCGGAGUCCACGGUACCUUGCGAGUUUGCAAAACCUGUUUGAGCAUCAUCCUCCAAAGACAGGAUGGCAACAUAUCAGAGGAGUCUAAUGACGAUACAUAUUUACCUGCGCUAUUUCGGGGAAACCAGCCCAAAAUUGUUACUCCCUCUACCACUGCAAAGCACACCCGCGACGACGCAAGCUCAGAGCGAACGGAUGAUAUCAAUGACGACAGCAGAUCAAUGACUACGCCUAUGAUGGCUAUCCCUGCGACAAAACGAAUUGGCGAGUCGUCUAAUCGUAACUCUGCAGUUUUAGAAAUUGAUACUCACCAGCUUAGUCGACCGAGCUCUUCAAGGUCUCUGCGUUCAAUUAAUUCUGGACGACCGCAGUCCUCUGGUCACAGGCGCCAACAUUCCAAACACAAUCUUUGGAAUCGUCUGAAACCCCCAGUCAGUGAAAGAGCCCCUUUUCGGAAGUCUGUGAGUGAAGAGGCGACGAAAAGGCCUAGUCUCUCGGCUUUUCAUGACGACAAUGUCAUCGAUCCUGAUCUAGCCCAGUACAUGUCUGAUGAGUCGAGCGAAGAUGAACACAUGAGUAUCAUGGGAACCAUUUCUGGGAGUGAGAAUCACUCUGCCAGCAUCGAUAAUGAGAAGUCUAACUUUGGCCCAUUCUUGGGAGUCGGCCGCAAAAGUCGGAACAGGGCACUAGCCGAGAAAAGUAUGAGCGGUUUUAGCUAUACCAGUCGCGGUGUGGAUGAAUACCAUCCACGAUCUGCUAGACGCAGAAACUUGAGUGCCGUCAGUGGCCCCCAAGUCUACAUCAUGCGCUCACCACGGCCAAGAACUGCAACCGUUAGAGGCCCAUCUGGGUCGAAUGAAACUUUGCCAUAUUUCGAUUCCGCUGGAAGUUCCAGUGUGGCUCGAUUAACUCGAAGCUCUUCAAUGAAGGGAGAGAAAGAGCCUCGUUUGGAACUCAACCCCGCAAGUAUGAUGCAUGUUCAUAAACUCCUACGCCAACUCCUGGAGGAUUCGGGGAUUCGAAAUGUGGUUGCUUGGGAAAAGGCACUAAUUCCUAUCCUUCUGAAAUGUACUUCAUGCGUUGAUCCAGAUAUACAUCGCGGGGACGACAUUGAUAUUCGGCAUUAUGUGAAAUUGAAAAAAAUUCCUGGUGGUCGGCCGAGCGAUACCACUUACGUCCCCGGUGUGAUUUUCACGAAGAAGCUUGCCUUGAAGACCAUGCCUCGCCGCAUGUCUAAUCCUCGAGUUGUCAUUAUUUCAUUUCCCAUCGAGUACCAGCGGCACCAGCACCAUUACAUGAGCUUGCAGCCAGUCAUUGAGCAAGAAAGAGAAUUUCUUAGACAACUAGUUAACAGGAUCAUUGCCUUAAGACCGCAAUUGCUUCUCACGGAAAAAAGCGUAUCCGGGGUUGCGCUACAGUUUCUUUCUGAAGCGAAAAUUGCAGUCGCUUAUAAUGUCAAGCCAUCGGUGCUCUCUGCUGUUUCGAGAUGCCUGGAAACCGAGAUCAUAUCAUCUGUUGACAUGCUCGCUCUCCCUCCAACCCAAUUUCAAACUGGAAAAAGUACCGGCUUUGAAGUGAAGACUUUCGUCAAUGAAGAAAUCCCUGGGCGUAAAAAAACGUACAUCUUCCUGUCUAGCAAUCAGGAGGAUUUAGGCUGUACGAUUGCUCUAAGAGGAGCGCCCACUUCAGUGCUUGCAAAGUUGAAGCAUAUAACCGAAUUCAUGGUAUAUGUUGUUUAUAACUUGAAACUCGAGUCAUCCCUCAUGCGUGAUUCCCUCAUUCAACUCCCUACCACUGAAGAUUUGAGUAGAGGUUCUACCCAACAACACUCAGACGAGAAUGCUUCUUUCACUGGAACUACGGAAGCGGAUGCAUUGGAGUCUCAAAAAAGGGCGUCACUCACAACGACAUCAGAGAUUCCUGUGACGAGCCAGCCUAGUGAUGAGACAUCAUCUAACACGAUUGAGCCAAGCAUCGGCGGUCCGACCGAGGACAACUCUUCACAACCUAAUGACCCAGCGCGCAGGUUAAUAUCCCUCCACGAAAAGCAUUCUUCCCACGACAGCCUGGUCCCAGAAGACGUACCUGCACCUACCUUUUAUAGUGACAUGGUCGCAAAAUACGAAACGAAGAUUCUCUCUGCUUCGCCAUUUGUUAAGUUCGCUCAGCCUUACCUUUUAAUGAAUGCUCGAGAACAGGAACGCAGAUUAGUUCAUCUUAAACGGCUUCGCGACCAAGAUGUCAUUGAAGAACGUGUCGAUGAAGAGAAACCCAAACCGCAAAAAUUCCAAUUGAUAAAGCCGGAGAUGGUGCAUCAGACUGGCCAGAAGGCACCUCGACACAUUAUGGAAGUGCUGCAUGCUGUCCAUGAUGCCGAGUAUGACAAAGCUCUCUACAACUAUCAAACACAGACGCGUUCUUGGGAAAAUUAUAUCCAGGGAAAUCUUGACCUUUUCAACCCAUACGCUCAUCAGAAUAUCGUAGUGUUGUAUUCUGUGACAUGCACAGAUACUAAAAUUCCGUGUGUGGAGCCACAGCUCAUUGCUUUAGGCUUCUAUGAUGAUCACGCGGAGAAUGGGAACAGUCUGGAUUCGGACUGCACAUUAGGGCAAUAUAUUGAAGACGUGUGUAUGGGCGCUGAAACGAUUUGUGAAGCAGAAACCUGUGAUCGCAAAUUGUACCAGCAUCACAGGACUUACGUUCAUGGUGAGGCGCGUAUCACGCUCUUCGUCGAGUACGAGGUCAAUGACGUAUACCGAGGAGAUAGCAUCAUGAUGUGGAGCUAUUGCAAAAUCUGCAAACGUGAGACGCGCGAGAUGGAGAUGUCUGCGUCUACCUGGAAAUACUCGUUCGGCAAGUAUCUCGAAUUAUCAUUCUGGAGCCGGGGCACCCAUUUGGUCAGAGAUGAGGAGUUGGGGGGUUGGAACUGCCCCCACGACCAUCACCGAGACCACAUCCGCUACUUUGGCCUCGACGACAAGAUUGUUCGGAUACACUACGACCCAAUUGACCUGCUAGAGAUCAUUGUACCUCGCGCCAGGAUUACUUGGAAAGUGGAACACGACCUCAAUAUGAAAAAUGAGCUAUUCACUCACUGCCAAGAUAGGUGGACACGGUUCACUGCUUCUGUGAAAGCUAGGCUCAAGGCUAUAAGGCUCGACAACCUUAUCCCAGAGAAAGUCGAACCAUGCAAGGCAGAGAUCGAACGGUUGACGAAGAAAAUUCAAGAUGAACAUACCUCUCUUAUUAAAAAGCUACAAGAGAAAUACAUGAAUUCAAGGUACUACGAAGUAAUUCCUUUUAACAUCGUUAUCCGCGAAAUGUUAGUCAAGGUAACUGAAUGGGAUGCCACGUUCGCCAAAUUCGAGGCCGACUUUCUCCCUUCUGACAAGGACAUACGAAGGCUCACCCUGAUUCAGCUGCGUAAGAUGUUCACAGAUGAGUCAAAAGAAGCGUUAUCUACACAUGAGGCUGCUACUGAAAUGACAGAAUUAAAAGAUAACCAACAAGUCGCUGCCGAGAGUAGUUUGAAAGAAGACAUACAACCCCAAGACAUACCUAUUGAUAACAGUCAGUCAGAAACAGCUGACGCAGAUUUGCCUCGGAUUGCUACUCCCCAAGAAGGUACUUUGGGAUCUACCCCGGAGGCCACGCUGGAACGCAUUGAACCGCUAGAUCUAGCCACGCCAAAAUCUCCAGUACAGAACGCCCUCGCUCCAGAUCAGGCCCCCAAGAGCACCGUAACAACCCCAUCGCUACCAGUUCCCGAAACACCAGAAACGCCUUUUACCCCACUGCCCAUCCCCUUUAACCCAAUUCCCAAGACCCCUCAGAUGUCGGUGGCAGAACAAGUUGAACAAUUACGCCGCAAGCAGCAAGCUGCGUGCCUAGAAAAUGCCGGCCGCCCAGUGGCAAAGGCUAGCACACAGUCAGGUACCACAGCAAGCUCUUCGAAAAUAGGUUUGGAACACGGCUCAGCCCGUAGGAUGGGAUCGAACGUGUCGCCGCCUAUGGUCCGCGCUAUUUCACAACCAGUGAGCAGUUUACCGACACUGCAUCGUGUUAGUUCUGCUAUGGGCAGGAAAUCAAUCGGCAUGACUAAAGAAAAGGACAAGACGGCAUUGCCAGAUGUCCCAGUUGGCAAUGAACUUCGUAAGGCCGCGACCAGUGAGCUGAUCAAGCCUGAAAAGAAGCUUUUUGGCUCCAAGCAACACCGCAAAAGCGGUCAAUCUUCUAUACCACGGUUUGUAGGGAUGAGGGAAACUAGGGUUUCCACCAUCCGCAAACACUUCGAACAACUAAGCCGCGAGUUCGAAAAGGAACGUGAGAAAGACAGGAAGAAACGGGCAGCAAAUAUGUCGCAUUCCCGACCGUUCCUUCAGCACUCAAAAACUAGGGCUACUGUUGAAGUCUACCAAGAUGUUGAUGAUGCAGUUAAUGAGCCUCUACCAGUGGAAGAUGACCAAGCAGCGGGAAAAGACAUAGUCGAAUCAAAUGCCCCAGUAUCAAACUCGGUCACUGUAGCAGAAGCUGCCGUAGCUCAGGAGCUGGUACCGACUGCUGAGCCAACUCCUGAAAGCCCUUCUCAGAACGAGGAAACCGCCGAAGUCGAGGUAGAUGACCCAGCUCACAACACAAGCGUUGGUCACACAGAUGACGAACAAGGGGAUAGUGACACGGAGAAUUCCAUUAUUGAUGGGAGUACUCUGGAAGAGAUUGCCGAGUCUCUUGAUUCGAGCACUGAAAUACCACUCGAGCUUCCCAAACAUGACAGAAUGAACUUUAUGAAAGCGCUCUCAAACUUCUGGAAUGAACGAUCUGCGAGCCAGUGGCCUCCGCUGGACUACCCUCUUGAUGCUUCUGAUCAUAUUUUCAUAGACUCCGACAUCAUUGUUCGGGAGUAUGAACCAAGUUCCGUUAUUGCUUUCGCUCUCAGCUCUGAGGACUACAAGAACAAGCUCCAGCGAUUUCACAACCGAAAGCCUGGCCAGACAGCUCAAUUGUCGUCUUCGGAUACGGAUGGGAUGGAAGACAGUGAGCUCGACCUUGAGGGGCCGGUGACAGAUGGACGUCUAGAGACAAGCCUGAUUCAUAACUCUAGUAGCCACUUCAAGUAUCAGUUUGCCGAGGGAUCAGCAAAGAUGCUUGUUAAAAUAUUCUAUGCCGAGCAGUUUGAUGCGCUUCGCCGCAAAUGUGGUGUAGCAGAUCGAAUAGUGGAAUCAUUAUCGCGAUGUGUACCAUGGGAUUCGAAAGGUGGCAAGACGAAAUCGGUGUUUCUCAAAACGCAAGACGAUCGUUUAGUCAUGAAGGCAAGUCGGUGAUGUACUCCUCCCUCGAUUUGCGUCUCAAACUAACUCUGGCCUGGAUAGUCGUUGUCGCAGGUCGAAACCCAAGCUUUUCUGAGAUUCGCGCCAGCAUAUUUCAGCAUCAUGGCAGAGGCUCUGUUCCACGAAUUGCCCUCUGUGAUUGCCAAGAUGCUGGGUUUCUUUCAAGUUGUCAUCAAGAACCCGGUAACUAACACAGAAAUCAAGCUUGACCUACUGCUGAUGGAGAAUCUGUUUUACGACCGUGCCCCGACACGCAUCUUCGAUCUCAAAGGUUCAAUGAGGAAUCGAAAAAUCAACGCUACUGGCGAGAAGGACGAGGUUCUGCUAGAUGAAAAUAUGGUGGAGUAUAUCUACGAGUCUCCCUUGUUCGCGCGAGAACAUUCGAAGAAG